UGUCCGCGUCUGGUAGUGCUGCUCUGAUUUCAUUGAACGGCUGCGCGUGUGAGUGGGUUUAUGGACGCGAUGGAAGAAGAACUGAAAUGCCCGGUUUGCGGUUCUCUCUUUAAGGAGCCGAUUAUUUUACCGUGUUCUCAUAAUGUCUGCCUGGCGUGUGCCCGGAAUAUCAUCGUGCAGACCCCGGAGGGAGAGACCCCUCCGCAGAACCGAUGCUCCGGCACCUCGGACUAUGACUAUCUGGAUAUGGACAAGAUGAGUAUGUACAGCGAGACCGACAGCGGCUACGGCUCAUACACGCCGUGCCUGAAGUCUCCCAACGGUGUGCGUGUGUUCCCGCCGGCGCUGGUCCACCGCCACUGCUCCAUCACCUGCCCGCUAUGCCACCGCAGCGUGUCCCUGGACGAGCGGGGGCUCCGGGGAUUCCAGCGCAACCGACUGCUGGAGGCGAUUGUGUCCCGCUACCAGCAGAGCCGCGCCACCUCGGUCAAAUGCCAGCUGUGCGACCGCAAUCCGGUGGACGCCACGGUGAUGUGCGAGCAGUGCGAUGUGUUCUACUGCUCUCCGUGCCAGCAGCGCUGCCACCCUUCCCGCGGACCGCUGGCCAAGCACCGGCUGCUGCCGCCGACUCAAGCGCAGGCGGGGAACGCGCAGCCGGCAGGCGCCUCCGCUCGCAAACAGGCGACUUGCGUGGAUCACGAAGCCGAGAACUACAGCAUGUACUGCGUCAGCUGCAAGACCCCCGUGUGCUACCAGUGUCUGGAGGAGGGCAAACACGGCAAACAUGACGUGAAGCCCCUGGCCGCCAUGUGGAAACAACACAAGUGUCAGCUGUCCCAGGCGUUGAAUGGAGUGUCUGACAAAGCCAAGGAGGCCAAAGAGUUCCUGGUGCAACUGAAGAACUUGCUUCAGCAGAUACAGGAGAACGGCGUUGAAUUUGAGGCAUGUCUGGUCGCUCAGUGUGACUCUCUGAUUGAAGCGCUCACUCGGCAGAAGGCCAAACUGCUCACCAAGGUCACAAAGGAGAAAGAGAGUAAGCUAAAGACUGUAAAGGAUCAGAUAACUCAUUGCACCAUGAAGCUCAGACAGACCACAGGAAUGAUGGAAUUCUGUCUGGAGGUUAUUAAAGAGAAUGACCCUAGUGGAUUCCUACAGAUCUCAGAUGCGUUGAUAAAGCGUGUCCAGGCGUCUCAGGAUCAGUGGGUGAAAGGUGCGUUGGAGCCAAAAGUCUGCCCAGAAUUCUCCUUGACUGUCAACACAGACCCUCUGAUGCAGUCGAUUCUCCAGCUGGACUUCACCCAGAAUAGAGAUUGUCAGGAGGCUGCUUUAUUGACACAAAUGCAUGCAGGUGACCAGAAAAAGGAGGAGAGCACAGGAGCGGAGACCCCCACAGUGCCUCCUGCACCGCUGUUGCAGUUGGAAAAAUGCUGUAUGCGGAAUAACAGCGCCACUCUGGCCUGGAGGAUAACUACAGUCCAAGCCCUGCCUGUAGAGGGUUACGUGCUGGAGCUGGAUGACGGGAAUAGCGGGCCUUACCGGGAGGUGUAUGUUGGGAAAGAGACCAUCUGUACAGUGGACGGCCUUCAUUUCAACAGUUCAUACAAUGCUCGAGUCAAAGCGUACAACUCUGCUGGAGUGGGAGCGUACAGCAAGGUUGUUGUUCUGAAGACAUCUGAUGUGGCAUGGUUCACCUUUGACCCUACGUCAGCUCACAGAGACAUUGUCCUGUCCAAUGAAAACCAGACUGUGACUUGUAACAGUUACGAUGAUCGUGUGGUGCUCGGGACGGCUGCCUUCUCCAAGGGCAUUCAUUACUGGGAACUCAGUGUGGAUCGCUAUGACAACCACCCCGACCCCGCAUUCGGGGUGGCGCGGAUUAAUACGAUGAAGGACAUGAUGCUAGGGAAGGACGAUAAAGCCUGGGCCAUGUAUGUGGACAACAAUCGCUCCUGGUUCAUGCACAACAACUCCCACACCAACAGGGCUGAGGGUGGCAUCACAAAGGGUUCGACCGUAGGGAUUCUGUUAGACCUGACAAAACAUACCCUGACCUUCUUCAUCAACAAACAGCAGCACGGACCUGUGGCUUUUGAGAACCUGGAGGGUGUGUUCAUGCCCGCAGUUAGCCUCAACCGCAACGUCCAGGUGACUCUAAUCACAGGUCUGGAAGUCCCAAAGAGCAUCAUGUGAUCAUCUUGGACCAAUAAGAAUGAGCCAGACCUUUCUCAUCAAACGAAUCAGUGCUCUUAGACUACACUGAUAUAUAAUGCUGAUAUUAAUAAUAUUUUUUUUCCCUCAUGCUCAUAUGGGUGAUUUGCAUUUUGGUGUUUACAAAUCAUUCCCGUGUUUACAGAAAAACAAACCGAGGUGUCCCCAUGGGGGCCGAAACUGGAGUCAGACCCCAAAGCACUUUGAAAUAGAUUUCUAACUCUUUUUCAUUUUCAUACCUCCAAUGAAAGAUUAGCACAGUUCAAAAAAUGUAACUGGAUUAAAACCAACUAUCAGCCAUUUGAUGUUAUGGUACAGAGUGAUCAAACACAUCCGAUAGUGAUCAAACAACUGUGAGACUAAAAGUGAAUUUUGAAGAUGUUUCAGGUUAAUCUCACAUGCUACACAAAUCUCAGGUUUACUCACUUUUAAUGUACUUCAAAAGGCCUCAUAUCAUCACUGAGACCAUGAAUCUUGUGUGCUGGGAUCGAAAAAGUCCCAGUAAAGAAAAAUGCCCUGUGUCAGAUAAAAGUGAAGUUUACAGUCUCUUCAGUUCAUAGUUCUGCAAGUAAAUCUGAUAGCUAAGAAUUAGCUGCACAAUUUGAGGCAUAUAAUUUAUGAUCGUAGCUCAAACAGUACAGGAUGAGUUACGUGCUGAGGUGUAAUACCUAACAUAUGCACAACUGUCUUAUCAAACAGCACUAAAACUCUCAUAAAAAACCUCCAGGUUUGCAGAAACUAAAUAAUACCUGCCAUUAGAGAUAGACUGUGCCCUCACCACCAAGGAGACUUGUCUUGGUGCUUUAUAUGAGCCACAGUUGUGAAUAUUUAGCCAGAAUCUCAACUAUGAGGUCUCCUUACACUGUGACCGACGUAUUCCUUAAGAGUCCUGAAGUUGAAGUGUGUAAUUUUCUCCUGUUCCAGCUCAAUAUGCAGUGAUAAUUGUAAAUAAGCCAUUUUAGGUUGAAACAGUGUAAACACAGUUUCAAAACAUUACUCUGUUUGUUUUAUCUACCCCAGUAACAACCACUCAACCAAUAGUGAGAGUUUAGGGCGGGGCUAUCUGCAUUUCUGACCAAUGACAAAUAUGUGGUCAGGAAACCUGUUUGAAAACAGUCACUAUUUUUGUAAAUUUAUUUAGUGGUGCAAAAAAUUACACACUUCCACUUUACAUGACAGACUCAUGUUUAAUACACCUCAUUACAAGUAAAUGAGCACUUCAUGGUUCGAUUUAUCAGUAUUAUUUCCAUGCCGCGCCCUUUAACGGUUUCCGUGCUGUUUUAUAGUAUAUGAUGUUGAAAUACCAAGUCAUAGCAUGUAAUCGGGAGAGAAGAUUGCGUUUGCAUGUUGUACAGCUGUAAAUAUGGUCAAAGCAGUGAAGCGCACAUGAGUUACACGUUCAUAAUAUUGAAUUCGUGUGACACAGUGUGAUGACUGGAUUAAACAGGAAUACAGCAUAGACGCAGAGCUGCAGUCUGCCUCCUAGUGUUUGUAGUGUGGAAUUAUUUCCUGAUAACGUAGCUUUGAGUUAAAACCCCAAAAAGCUACAAAACUCCAUAUCAGCGCGUUUAUUCUCAUACGACCGGUCACGUUAAAUGCUAUAAGGAGUCACAUAUGGACCUUGCAAUAGGAGAUACGAGCCUAUGUUCAGUUUAUACCUCUGUUCAAAUUAAUGGUUUCAGGGAGAAAUGAGAGAUAAAUGAUAUUGAAAGAUAUUAUAUUUAUGUUUAUUAUCCUGUCCAGACAUGAACUUACUGAAUUAUGGAAGCAGAUGAUGACCCAUUGGUGAUGUAAAGCAUGGGAUGUUGAUAUUUAUAACAUGUUUCUAUGAACAGUGUAAUUAAUGUAAAUAGCUUGAGCUGAUGCUUUUAUUGCGCAAUGAGUACUUUGCUGUCAGGAGUACCAUACUAAAAUGAAAAUAGGUCCUGGCACUAAAUAAGUGCAAUGUUGGCACUUGUUUAAAAUAUAAAAAAGGGAAAGAGCGGUAAAAUGUAAAAAACUGUGCUUAAAGGAAUGAUCCGGGUUCAGUCAAGGAUAUCGUCUGUUUGGGCCAACUGGAAAUGUUGUUCCAGGUCAUUUAUAGACAUCUUCACACUACUAUGACAGCAUUUCAAGUAUAAAUCACAGAACAAAAUAUAGACUUUAAGCAGUAAAACACCAACACAAGUACCAAUACAAUCUCAUGGUAGUUUGUAACUAUUUUACAUUUUGGAAAAUUCAUAUGACUUUAUACAAUUUCACUUAUGCCCCAGUGACGGUAGGGUUAGAGGUGGACAUUCAUGCUUGCUUUUUCACUAAAGAUAAUACAUUUUCAUAUGAGUCAUGAUAUUGCACAAAUUCAUAUGAAAUCGCCUCGUAAAAUAGUUUUCCUGUGAGAUCAGGCUGUAAAAUACACACUGACUGAAACAUUAUUUUCACUUGAGACCUAAGCACACUGAGUCCAUCACAAGACCAAGACCAUUAAAAUACUGCAGUACUACAGUGCCUUGCGAAAGUAGUCAUAGCCUUUCAUUUUUUUUCAUUGCUGCCUUUUGUUAUACUGCUUUAAAUGACUUUUUUCCCCACAUCAAUGUACACUCCAUACACCAUAAUGACAAAACAAAAACAGAAUUGUCACAACUGUAAAUUUAUAUAAAAAAAAAUCAGCACCUUUACAGCCUCAAGUCUUUUUGGUUAUAAUGCAACAUUUGCAUAUCUGCAUUUGGCAAUUAUCUGCCAUUCUUCUCCUCACAUCUUCACCUCUCAAGCUCUGUCAGCUUGGAUGGGGGCAGAUAUUCACAGGGUUGCCCAUAAGCCACUCUUGCUGUGUGCUUAGAGUCAUUGUCCUGGUGAACCUUCUACCCAGUCUGAGGUUGAAUGCUCUGCACUGGGUUUUCACUAAGGCUAUCUCAUUUUUUUGGUGUGUUGAGCUUUCCUUCUUCUCUAAUGAGUCCCUCAGUCCCUGCCACUGAAAAAAAGCUCCAGAGCAUGAGGUUGCUACACCACACUUUACUGUUGUGAUGGUACUCUGCAGUUAAUGAGCAGUGCCUGGUUUCCUCCAAACAUAAUGCUCUGAAUUGAGGUUCAUCAGACCAGAGAAUCUUAUUUCUCACAGUCUGAGGGUCCUUGUGCAAAUUCCAAGUGUGUUUUCAUGUGUCUUCACUGAGGAGAGGAUUGAGUCUUGCCACACUGCCAAAAAGCCGAGAUUGGUGGAGUUUUGCAGUGACGUUUGUCCUUCUGUGAGUUUCUCCUAUCUGAUCAUGGAGCUCAACUAGAGUGACCAUCAGCUUCUUGGUCACCACUCUAACCAAAGCCCUUCUCCAUCAGUUGCUCAGUUUGGCCAGGAGGCCAGCUCUAGGAAGAAUCCUGGCUGCUUCAAACUUCUUCCAUUAUGGGUAGCGGAGACUGCAUGCUUCUGUAAAGCUUCAACGCAGCAUAAUCUUUUUUCUGAAGUCAUCCCCAGAUGUGUGGCUUGGUGCAAUCCUGUUUCUGAGCUCUAUAGGCGUUUUUUUUUUUUUAACUUCAGGGCUUGGUUUUUGCUCUGAUAUGCAUUUUAACCUGUUAGACCUUUUAAUAAGGCGUGUGGCUUUUCAGAUCAAACCCAUUCAAAUUAAUUUGCCACGGGUUAACUCCACUCAAAGUGUAGUAAUAUCUACAAGCAAUAUGAAAGCCCCUAGCUAAAUUUCAACUGUCCCAGAUAAUUGUAUGAAUAAAUAUGCAAUGGAAUCAUUUAAUCAUUUAACUUUUUCUGCUUUGCCAUUAUGGUGUAUGGAGUGAGGAUUGAUGUGAAAAAAUAAAAAAAAUAAAGCAGUUUAACAUUAGGCAGCAACUUAACAAAAUGUGAAAAAAAUGAAGGGGUAUGAAAACUUUCACAAGGUGCUGUAAAACACUGCCAACAUUGUAAAAGUAUUUCCAAAUUCUUACGAGCUCAUGCCAUGACUAUGUAAAACCCAUAAACUUAUUUUCAUAUACUAUGCAGAAAAAGGAAAAAAUAUGUGAAAAAUGAUGAUUUAGACAACAUCAUAGCUCCAAAAAAAUAUUUUAGUAUGGAAGAAUUCAUAUUAAGUGUUUUAGCUGCAUAUUUCCACUUCUUGACCUUCAGAACAUAGACCUCCACUGUACUGUAAAACUGCCAGGUUUAAUUAUUGUCUGUGGUAACUGCCAACAUGCCACAUAUGCUGUCCAUAUGCACUUUUUUUCAACUCAUCCAACAUAUUUACGACCAUCAAUGGGCAAAGUAAUGGUGAUAAAUACAAAAAUACAGCCAACAAAUGAUUAGAAUCAGAAAACAUUUUUACAGAUCUCAGGUUAGCUCUACCAAAUGUAACCUUCUUACACGUUUCUGUAUGUUUAAUCCAUAAUCUCUGUAUGUAGUGCCAGUAUACAGAGAGCACUGAUACACAAAGAUUAAAUAUAUGUAAAUAUCUGAAAUGUUUUCAGAGACCUGGCAUGGAUCAAAAUCAUUCAGCUUAUUUCUGGGUAUCUCUGUUCACAUGUUUUCAUAUUCACAGCCCAAUACUUGCUAAUGCCCUGCUAAUGGUCAUAAUUAUGGAUGAUGAGCCGGAAAGUCAUGUGAUGACUAAAACUGAGUGAUGUGAUGGCUGAUGAAUAGCUAGGAUUAGCAUUCCUUUAAAUCCAGUUUAUAUUGACUGUAUGGAUGACGCCUGCCAAAACUGCCGUCUGUCCAAAUGAUCUAUCUUGCUGAAUUAAUUUUUUACAGUGUCAUUUUAAAUAUCACAAUGGACUUUUUGUUUGUAUUAAAGUAUAUUUAAAGGUUUAUGUCAAUGUAGAUUAUAAAUGAAUCUCACUGGUCAUGUAUUGAAUAUGAAACCAUAAGCACUCAAAAACCAGUUUGCUGAGACUGGAAUAACGCUGAUAUGCGAACUUGAGAGUGCAUUGUGUAUGUAUGAUAAUAAACCAACUGUAUAGUAAUGGAGAAUUCAUGUGUAAAGCUAAAUAUGGAUAUGACCCAGAAUCAAUGUGCUAUGAGGAUAUUUUACUUGCUCAACAAUAUUGGUUGAGGAAGUCAACUUGCAAUUCCUGCCCAGCUGAAUUUAUUUAAACUACCACACCAACUGCCACAACCUAAAAUAUUUCAAAAUAUUCCAGAUCUUGGACACAAAUAGUUUUUCCUACUUUUUCUCACAGUCUUAAAUAUUCAUUAGGUUGAGAAAAUGAACGUCUCCUGCCGUGCCUCAUUCACACAAAUCUGCUAAAAUUAGAGACGUUGCUUUGGAAUGUGAUGUGUUUUCACUAGUGAUGGGAAGUUCUGAUCAUUUUACCGACUCGGUUCAGUCUCGUUAAGCAAAAUGAACAAAUCUUUUUUCAAGUCACUUUGUUCAUUUUAGCAAAAUAUAAUUAAAAUUCUAUGAUUAGCUCACCUCACCUCACUCUUAUCUGACAAGUUUUCGGGUUUGAGUCGUUCGUUCAUCACGUGGCAGCCCCAUAAGCUUAACCAAUGCAGUGUGAGCUGGAAAAAGAAUUGAUUAGUUCAUCUCUCAAGUCUUUGGGUUUGAAUCGUUUGUUCAUCAUGUGACAGCCACAUAAGAUGAACGACUCCAAAAACCUGAAGACUCGAAACAGGCGAACUACAAAACCUAAUAGGAUGUUGCGCAUGCGCGACUGAACGAAUCACUCCCCGAAACGACUCAUUCGUCCUAAGUCACAUUAAAGAUUCAUUCAAAAUUUGUUCAAGGACGACCCAUCACUAGUUUUCACUCAGACUGGAAGCCAACAAACUAAAAACUUAACAUUAGGGUGUUUCUUCAACUACAGUCACUUUUUGCCCUGUGAUCUUUCAGAACUUUUGGCAUUUUUUAACCAAUAAAUACAGAGUCCUGGCAUGAAACUCUAGAUGGUGCAAUCGCGAUAGGUCUAACUCAAUCUGACCUAAUGACAUCAUCACAUGGCACAGCUGAUUGGUUCUCUCCUUUAUCAGUAGCCAAUGAGCUCACUGCUUACCAUUAAAAUAUAUGACUAGUGCUAACUGUAGCAGUUUCGCAGCAUGCUUCAGAAACCCUUCGCCUUCCCCAGCUCCACCUGUAUAGACCUGCUAUGAGGUGAUUCAUGUAUGCUAUGGAGGAUAUUCAUCUAUGUUAUAUGUGCAGCAGCAAUAUUUCUUACAUGCAGAAUGUUGUGGUAGUAUUGGCAGUAGCAAGUCUCAGUACUUGCUCUGCCGCAGUAGCAGCAGCAUAGCUGAUUUAUUCAGCCAAGAUACAUUUACAUUGUCAUGUACAUUACCAUGCCAAUCCCUUCGAGAGUUGUCAUGACAGAAAUGUUUUCCGUUUAAUCUAAAAUGGUCUUGCUAAGACUAAUUUUUCUUGGCUACUGCUUUAUGUAUCCUAACUAGAGUUAGUUAAUAUUUUUAUGCUUUUUUUUUUUUUUUAUAAUUGCUCCAGACCAUGACACAACAAAAAUAUUCUGUGACAUUUACUUAGAUUGUCCUUCAUUUUUUCACUUGUCACAUGUAAACAACUGUUACUGGGGCAAAAUUAAAGUUUUAAUGUGACCCAGAGUUGAAGAAACACCCAUCAACACAAAGCACAGAUGAAUUCAGUUAGAUGUUUGGAACACACCAAGCAAUCCCAUUUUUUUCUCUUAUUCUUUUGAAUGCGCACAAAAUGAAAUGACGUGUGGUAUACAGUUGUAUGGUUAAUAUGACUGCCUCUGAGUGUGGCCAUCAUCAGAAAAAAGAUCUACAGUAACAUAAAAUCUGCCACUGUACCAAGCAUUUAGUGAUUUAUUUUUAUAUACACAGCAUAUUACCUAUGUGGAUGUACAUUAGUCAGAUGUUUGGCCUUCAACUUAUCUCAUUGUGAAGAGUUUGAAACAGAAAUCUGUUUCUCAGAAGAGUCUUUUCAUUGAUCUGCUGACACAAGACACAUGAACACAGCCCCGCCGCUGUGUGCCAUCAUCAUCAUCAUCAUCCUUGAAGGAAACUUCAGUGCGUGAGUGUGUGUUUCCAGUGCUCUUCUGUAUGUAAUCUUGAGCUCUCAUUUCCUCUUACUAA